AUGAUAAGCUGUUUGCAAAUUGCUACUCGAGGAUCCAUUACUCGACUACUGGGACGAAGCAGACAGUUCAAGUGCUACGUGUCCAGUAUCAACUCCCCAUUUCAGGAUGACUUGUCUGAGAUUGAUUUAGAUGAUUUUGGUCUCGGUGAUUUCCAUCACUACAAAGAAUCGCCAGAAGUAGCCAAGUACAAGAGAGAAAAGAUGAAAGAUUUAUUACAUGAAGAAUCAUUUACAGUGCCAACUAGUGAGAAACACGGCCAAUUGGAAUCACUAACAGGAAAGAACGAACCAGCAGUAUUUAUUUCAAAACUCAACGAUCCAUACUUGAACUUGGCCAUUGAAGACUAUAUUUACAACAGAAUCCCUAUGAGCAAAACUGCUUUAUUCAAAGCACAUAGACUAAUGUUUUACACAAACUCAUCAUGCGUAGUAGUUGGCAAGAACCAAAAUCCAUGGAAAGAGGUGAAUCUACCGAAGAUGAAGCAAUAUGGAAUUCCUUUGAUUAGGAGAAAAUCAGGUGGGGGUACUGUGGUUCACGAUUUGGGCAAUGUCAAUUAUUCCUUUAUGAGCACAAAGCAAGAAUUUGAUCGGUUUAAAUUUGUCAAUUUGAUUGUAGAAGCAAUUAAUAAAUCAAAUGUUUCUUCGACGAGGAUCAAAGUGAAUCAUCGUGGUGAUAUAGUGACUCAAGAUGGGGAACAAGAGUUGAAAAUUAGUGGUUCAGCUUAUAAGUUAUCACGAGGAAAGUCGUAUCACCACGGAACAAUGUUACUAAAUCUGGAUUUGGAUAGAUUGAGACAUGUUUUGCAUAGAGAUGUUGCCGAAUUGGGUACUAUUGACACAAGUAAAUCUAUCGACUCAGUCAAGGCAAAAGUCACUAAUUUGCAAAUACCAAAAGAGACCUUUGUUGACCUAGUUUCGAAUGGAUUCAAAUUUGAAUAUGGCAUUUCAGAUGAAUCAUCAACGAAAUUGGACAAUGAGAAUGAUCCCAAUAAGGAGUUUAAUGACAUGAUGGGGUUAACUGACUUUGCCCAUGCUGCCAAGUCAACUAAUGUCUGUCUAAUUGAUGAAGUGAACGAAUUGCCUAAGGAGGUCUUUACCAUUGCUGAUGAGUUGAAAACGUGGGAGUGGAAAUUUGGUCGCACCCCUACAUUUACUCACACUCUUGAAAACCCACAAUUAGGUAUCUGUGUUAAAUUCACGGUGAAUAAGGGAGUAAUUGAGACUGUUGAAUUGAGUGGAGAGUAUCUACGUGGUGAUUCCGAGUUUUUGAAACAGUUGAAUGAAAAAUUAUGUGGUUUACAUUAUAGAGGUGACUUGAUUGAACAGUCAUUACGCGGUGGUGUGGUCCAAGAUUUGGGCACAUGGUUACACAAAUCCAUCGAUGGUGUAUAA